AUGCAUUACGUUAUCAAGCGAGAUGGCCGAAAGCAGAUGAUGCUCUUUGAUAAGAUUACGCAUCGCAUAGAGAGUCUAAGUUAUGGGCUGAAUCGUGAGUAUGUCGAUCCAGUACGUUUUUACAUUAUUUUUGUUGUUUUAGAUUAAAUUGGGCGAGCUAUAGGUAUCACAGGUAGUGUAAUAUAAAAUUAGAGGUUUUGAAAAAGCUUUUGAUUGAAUGUGUUAAAAGUUGGCAAAAAUAUAAUAUUCAUAGUCUUUUCAACUUAUUUAUAAUGGUUUCAAUCUUAUUUUAAUCUAUUUCCAGAUCGAAAUCACCAAAGUUGUUGUCCAAGGUAUCUUUGAUGGUAUCACAACAAGUCAGCUUGAUGAAUACGCUGCCAACAUUGCUUCAACUCUCUCAGUUGAACACCCAGACUACAUGACGUUAGCCGGACGUAUUGCUGUGUCGAAUCUUCAAAAGGAAACGAGCAAGAAGUUUAGCGAAGUUAUCGAGGUCCUGUACAACAAUGUCAGUUACGGAGAAAAGAAGCCAUUGGUCUCGGAAGAGUUGUACCACGUAGUCAUGAAGAAUGCGAAACGUCUGGAUGAUAGCAUUAUCCACAAACGUGACUUUGACUUUACAUAUUUUGGCUUCAGAACGUUGGAACGAGCAUACCUGCUGAGAUCUGGAGGAAGAAUUGUUGAACGACCUCAGUUUAUGUUCAUGAGGGUCGCGUUGGGCAUUCAUAUGGAGGAUAUUGAUGCUGCUAUUGAGGUGAGAGGAUUGAUAAUUGAUUAGGGAAUGUUGUUAAACGUUAUUUUUAAAAGUUGGGAGGUUUGGGGCGAUUUUUAAUGAGUUAUGAUGUUAUUCAUGGCGUCUAGUAGGGUCAAGUGUAAUAUUAUUGAAUAUGUUUUAAAAUUUGAAAGUAUGUCGAUUUGCAAGUUAGUUUUAAGACAUUGAUAAUGAUGUAGAAAAUUUUUUAGGUAGUUAAACUGUCUUAUUCUGGAGUUGUGAUAUUAUUCGUGGUCUCUAGUGGAUCAAACGUAAUAUCAUAAUUUUGUUUUUAAAAUUAACAGUUUUAAAUGGUUGAGUAUGUUUGUAAGAGCCACGGAGCAUUGGUAAUGAUGCUAUAAAAAUUUUAUAUAAUUGUUUUCAGUAGUUUUUGAAUUAUGAUAUUAUCCGUCUACCAGGCUCAAGAGUAAUAUUUUUAAAAUUUAAUGAAAAAUCGAUACAAAAAUAAGUAUCUAGGUAAUAAAAAUAACAUAAAAUCAUGUUCCAGACCUACAACUUGAUGUCGGAGCGUUGGUUCACUCAUGCGACUCCAACUUUGUUCAAUGCUGGCACUCCAACUCCUCAACUCUCGAGUUGUUUCUUGUUGACGAUGGCUGAUGACAGUAUUGAUGGCAUUUACACAACUCUAAAACGAUGUGCUAUGAUCUCAAAGUGUGCCGGAGGCAUUGGUCUUAACAUUCACAACAUUCGAGCCAAAGGCGCCAAGAUUGCCGGAAAUCCCGGUCGAUCGACUGGUAUCGUGCCAAUGUUGAAGAACUUUGAAUACACGGCCAAAUACGUUGACCAAGGGGGCAGGGUAGGUUUUAUUUUGCUUUUUGAGUAGUUCUACUCUAGUUAGAGCUCUAGCAAAGGGUAUUUUAAUAUAUUUUUAGUGUUUUGAAGGGUUUUAACAUUAUGCCAAUUCUGGAGCGAAAUUUGAAGAUUUGAAUUUUAAAGGGGCGUUUUUAUAUUCAAUGUUUUGCACGCUUAUUAGUAUUGGCAUGAAUAGCAUUUGAGCGAAAUUUGAAUUUAUAUGGGUUUUAAUUUUAUGGCCGUUUUAAAUUUGGCGCGAAAUUCAAAUUUUGAAUUUAAAAAGUGAUAUUUUUGGUCGAUAUUUGGCAUGAUUAUUAACAUUAUCAUAGAUGUCGUUUGUACAAAAUUUGAGCUUGUUGUAUCUUCAAACUUUUUUGUUGUGAGCUAUAAUAGCUGAUAUUGUAGUAGGUGGAUUUUUCAAAAAUUAUGAUAAAUAUCACUGAAUAUGAUUAUAUUUCAGCGCCCAGGAGCCUUUGCCAUCUACCUAGAGCCAUGGCACGCCGACAUCUUUGACUUUUGCGAUCUUAGGCUCAAUGUAGGACCAGAAGAGCGAAGAUGCAGAGAUCUCUUCACAGCUCUCUGGGUACCCGACUUGUUUAUGAAAAGAAUCAAGGCUGAUGGAAUGUGGUCAUUGAUGAGUCCGGAUGAAUGUCCAGGAUUGUCGGACUGCUGGGGAGACGAGUUCGAGGCUUUGUAUGAGAAGUAGGUUAAUAUUUUUGAUAAAAUGGUUGGUUUUUGUUGAUUUUUUGCGGCAAAACGGUGGUUUAUGGGUAUUUUAAAGACUAUAUGAUAUCUGUCUGGCAAUUGUAUAACCUAGGUAUAUUAUUUUUUGGUUGAAUGUUACCUAAAAUUGUCAUUUUUGGCCGAAGAAUGACGUUUUUUUGGCAGCGUCAAAAAGAAUUGGUUAUUUUCUUAACAAAUAUAAUAGAAAAUUACCCUAUUCUUUUUGACGCGACUUACCUUUAACUUUUUUCAUCUAAAAUGAUACAUAACUUGAAUAUUAUUAUAGAUACGAAGAAGAAAAACGCUACAGACGUCAAGUCAGAGCUCGUGAUAUUUGGCAAGCCGUCAUCAAGUCCCAAUGCGAAACUGGCCUACCCUACAUGGUCUACAAGGACCACUGUAACCGCAAAUCGAACCAACAGAAUCUCGGCACGAUCAAGUGCUCAAACCUGUGCACUGAGAUUGUCGAGUACUCAUCACCAGAUGAAGUAGCUGUCUGUAAUCUGGCUUCAAUUGCGCUGAAUCGCUUUGUGGUCAGAGAUGAGAAGCUGAACCCAGGAGACCCUUACUUUGACUUCAAGAAACUUCAUGCCGUGACCAAGGUUGUGGCCCGGAACUUGAACAAGGUGCGUUUGGGAAGGUGGUAGCAGGGUUUAUGAUAGUUUUAAAAGUGCUUUACAUAUUUAAGAAGGUUUUAAUAUUUUAGGAUUGUGUAGAAUGUUAUAAUAGGCUGUAUUUGAAGUUCUUGGAAAUUCGAUAAUUUUUGUGACAUUUCGUCAAAUUAAUAAAAUAAUAUUAAACAACUGAAAAGACAUGUUUUAGACAAUGCUUUAUAAGAUUCUGGGUGAUUUUAAGUAAACCGAUAAUUUUUGUGACAUUUUGUCAAAUUUUUGAAAUCUUGAUGUUUUAUUCAAAAAUCGUAAAAAUAACUCUAUGAAUUAGUUUUGUGGGAUUGUUGAAGCAUUUUUAAAAGUUUUUGUAUUGAAUUUAUUUUUCAAUUAUUUUUUAUGAAAUUUUUUGCCAUAAUCCAAUUUGUGGCUUUUCAUCUAAAAGCUUUAAUCUGCUCUACCAAGGCACAACUUUUGAUUGAUUCACGUAUUUUAAAUUUAGAGAGCUGUACUAGGAAUGUCUUUACAAUUUUUGUAAUUUUAGGUCAUUGACAUCAACUACUACCCAAUUCCUGAAGCCAAGAAGUCCAACUUCCGUCACCGCCCAAUUGGAAUCGGAGUUCAGGGUCUGGCCGACGCUUUCAUGUUGAUGAAGCUUCCAUUCACAAGUGAAGAAGCUCGCAAACUCAACAUCAAAAUCUUCGAAACCAUUUAUCACGCCGCCCUCGAGGCGUCCUGCGAGCUGGCCGAGCAGUACGGUACCUACGAGACCUACCAAGGAUCUCCAAUGUCCAAGGGUCAGCUACAGCCCGACCUCUGGAAUGCCACACCAUCUGAUCUGUGGGAUUGGGAAGAGUUGCGAGCUAAAGUUGCUCAACAUGGUUGCCGCAACUCGCUGCUGGUCGCACCAAUGCCAACCGCUUCAACUGCCCAGAUUUUGGGUAACAAUGAGGCUUUUGAGCCCUACACUUCGAAUAUGUACACUAGGAGAGUUACCAAGGGCGAUUUUCAGGUAUGUUGAGAAGGCUGGUAGAAAAAAAUGUGGGCGUGGUAAAAAUAUUUGGAUUUUCUUGGGAUGGAGGGGGCGGGUUUCAAAACGGGAAAUUUUGUGGCGGUGGUUGGAAAGUCGGUGGUUUUCGAUUUCUGACAAGAGAAACACUUGACUCAAAAUUUGGGUUUUUAGGGUAACACUUGACUCAAAUUACGAUUUUAGGUAGUAAACCCACAUUUGGUUCGUGACCUGAUUGCCAUCGGCCGCUGGAACAAGGAAAUGAUGUAUGACAUUAUGCGUGACAAUGGCUCUGUCCAAAACCUUGACAUUCCGGAAGACCUGAAGGAGGUGUACAGAACCGUCUGGGAGAUCAAACAACUCGAUCUGCUUCAGAUGGCUGCCGAUCGUGGACCGUACAUUGAUCAGUCUCAGUCGCUGAAUGUGUUCAUGGCUAGUCCCAACUAUCCCAAGUGCACUACUCUUCAUUUCAAGGUAGGUUUGUGUUGGGGAGAUAUUGAGGUGUAGUGGGGGUGGUAGUGGUGGUAGAGCAAUGUGAAUUGUUUUGAUUGGAAGGUUUUUUAAUAGUCUUUGAUUAGAGAACAUUAAGGUUGACAUAAAAUUUUGAAAGAGGGAUGAAAAGUGAAGUUGUUGUAGGUUCAUAGGGGCCAUGGGUAAUAUAUAAGGUGUAUCUUGGUCAAUUUUUGAUGAAAAGCAUUGAAAUAAAUUUCGUUUUGUUUGUAUUUAAAUGCUUUUUGAUAUGGACAGGUCGUAUUUUAUGAACUUUUUAAAAAUAGUUUAAAAUUGAUGUUAUUGUAGGUACAUGGGUCAUGUUUAAUAUAUUUUAAAGUUUUUAAACCAAUUUUUUAAAUUUUAUUUUUAAAUUUUAGGCUUGGGAACUAGGCCUCAAGACUGGUCUCUACUACCUCCGCUCAAAGCCAUCAGUCAACCCGAUUAAGUUCACCGUCCCCAAGGCCAAACAACUGAACGCGGCCAAGGACUCGGCCCCAAAGGAGGAGUCGGAAGCGGUCGAAACUUUUGUCAAGUCCCCAAAAAAGGCGAUCAAGCUUGAAGUCGCAGGCAAAGAGAACAAGAUGCCAGAUGCUCGUACCGUGCUCGGAUUGAAGGAUCAGAACGUCCAGGAAGAGGAGGAGGGAUGUCUGAUGUGCAGCUCUUAA